AUGCUGUCUCAUUUACGAUUCCACCGGCGGGGGCCCUCAAACCCGACCUCGCCGGCACCAGACCAACCCUCGCCUUCGUCUCAGUCUCCGCUCAACGCCGACUCGACAUCUCCUCUUGAUGCGCAGCUGGCAUCAUCCGCUUAUGCCUCGGCCUCUGCCGCUUCUACUUCUGCCUCAGCCUCCCUGCCGCCGACUUUGCCGCCAAUAGCCCGCGUGACGUCAAACGAACUCAACCUAGAUCCUCCCCAAGUCGAAGAGAGGCGGGAUGUCGAGAAGCCUCCGCAGCAGCCCGCCAGCCGCCCGUCGCAAACUCAGAAGCCUGGAUACAGCACCGGCUCGGGCUUUAUUGGCGGUGUCGCUUUACGGAACUAUCAGCGGAACGUGGAAGCACAGCAAGUUGGCGACAGCUCCAAGCUCGACGGCCAUGCUCAAGCUUCGCAUCAGGCGCCCGCCUUGAAUAACAACGACCUGCCAACAAGGCCAUCACCACAGACACUGGGCAGUUCAAAGGCUACCACCUCGCACAACACUAGCAGCUUACCUUACUCCUCUCCAUCAAAUCAGCGACUGCCCGGGUCUACACCAUCAAGUAGCGUAUUGAAUAUUGAGCCUCAAAAGGGAAAGAAAGGGCUACCAUUCCUCAAGAACCCGAUGUCUACGCUAUUACUGAGGAGGAAGAACAACCAAAGCCUUCUGAAUACUCUCCCUCUUCCCCUAAGCGGUCGAUCGGAUGAGGUCACCUAUGAUCCUCGUAUCAAGGGCACUAGGGUGCAUGACUUUAGUGCGCCAAGACGCAAAACGAACGCUCCAGCUAACGAUACUGUUGCUAUUCGCUCUGCUUCCUUGGCCAACAUUGCGCUGGAAUCAGGUGUUGGCCCUCGCGACGGGGCAGAUAGCCAGGGGCCUAUAGUGCUGGAUGGACAGCAACAGCGUCGCAUGCUGAGCAGUGCGUCAGAUCCGGCACGCCCCGAGUCUGGGAGUACAAACUCGCACACUAUUGCCCAGUCAUCUAGCGUAUCUUCCGUCAGGACGGGCUCUUCUACUGCAGAGCAAGCCUUCCCGUAUGACGACUAUAUGACUAUGAAGAAGAAUGAAUCGGCUCUUCAGGCAAAUCCCUCAGUAACUUCCCAGGCAGCCGCCCAGGAUACGGAUGGCUCGUCCAAGACGGUGGCGGGCUCUAUACGAACCACCCGCUCCAGAAACGUAUCUCUUUCAUCCAUACCAAGACACAUGAAGAGCACGUCUUCCCGAUUCAGCUUUGACAUGAUUGGAGCCGCCAAGCAGGAAAAGCUCUUGGAAGAACGGCACCGACAGCGAGAGUUGGAUAAGAAGGCAGCACAGACCGAGCCAAGGGAUUCUCGCUUCGAUGACUUUGACGAAGAUGCGUUUGAUUACGAUGCUAUGAUGGAUGAUGAUGGGUUGGAAGAAAGGAUACCAGGAGUCAACGCCGAUUAUGAUGAGGAAGAAGAGCCUUAUUUCGACGAUCAAUAUUAUGAGCAGGAGGCCCAGUACAUCGAAGAAGAAAUGGAUCCUGACAAUGACCAAGAGAAUUUUGCUGGCUUUGAAUUUCAGCGAUCUAACGCGACUUCAUCUCUAGCAACUCCCCAGAGCGGAGGGAUGAUGGCAACACCUAGAGACGUUGACGACGAAGACAUUGGCUAUACAAUGGCUAAAGACGCGGCAGGACUGCCCAUGGACUCUUUGUCAUCCGAGUCUGGCUUGGUUCCCAAUCAGGAGAUUGAUACUGAGGUGUCUGGUCUGGGGAUCCAAGGCGUUGAUGUUUCUGCUCCUUUCCAAACACCAGGCGAUUUGAGCUCGUACUCCAUGGCUGUGCCGCCGGCAGCCGGUGUUGGCCGUGGUAUCGGUGAUGACGAUUUAUAUUUCGAUGGAGGCAUGGCUGGUUUCGGAGGUGUGUUCGCCGAAGAUUUGGCUGGGGGGCCUAUAGAAGAUGACGGGGUGCCUUUUGACGAAUCAUUAUUCGACAAUGACGAUACAGAUCAAUUUGGCCGGCCUCUGCCUGGAGCGUUUGCAUUGGCGAAAUCUGUGCGUGAAAAAAAGAGCAACCGAGGGACACCAAAUCAAGAGACGGCGGAGCAAGAACCGGAAGUACCAUCACAAAUCUCAGAACCGCUGCCUAUUUCUCAGCCAGAGACACAAGCGCUAUCAAACAUCGACGCAGAGCAAUCAGAUGAGAAUGCUGACGUUGACGCUCUAAGCGACUUGCCUCCCAUUUCUGAGACCACCAUUGUUGCGCCUCAGCCUACGACCUACAACACUAAUCCCAUUGUUGCCUACCAGGCUGCUCUGGCUGCAGCCGCCCAGAAAGCUGCCGAGGCUGGCAUGUUCGAACGCGCAAUGCCGCAGUCCCCCACCGACGCAGAUACCCAAGCCCUGCCCUCUGCAGACCUUGACGAGCUGGACGCGCCUUAUCACGAUGACCCAUAUGACGAUUAUGGAUACGCUUACGAUGAUAUGGAUGAUUUUGAGAUGGACGAUGAUGCCAUUAUCGCAGAAGCUAAUGCUAGCGCUCUUGCAAAUGAUGCUGAUGGGUGGUAUGGACAAGAAUUCGGCUUUUAUGCUGCUCCGGUUGGCGGCCACAACGCAGCUGCCAACUUGGAAGGUUAUGGAUACGUUGCUGGUGGGUUUUUUGGGCCCAAGGGUGCAAGCAAUUUAAAUCGCAGCGUCAGCGGCCGGGUAAUAUCCAGAGAGCCUAAUCUGACACCCAUCACCGAGCGAUCUGAAUAUUCCAAUAGAAACUCCCUCAUGAGUCUCGGCAUGCCGCCAAUCAGCGGUACACCUAUCGUCCAGAGUCCUGGGCUGGCUCAGCUAGCCAUGAUGGCAGAUCGAGGAGACGAGAUGAAUCUGUCGGCUCUUCUUCGACUGAGGUCAAGAGCGUGGGGAGGGUCACAGGCAAGCUUGGCUUCGAGUAAGGAUGGCUCCCCACGAUCCGAAAGAGGGGAUAUUCCAGGCUCGCCACGAGGGCCUGGCUUUGCGAACGGUUUCCCUCCUACUGUCGGCCAUACACGCAAGAAUUCAGCAUUCUCCGUUUUAAGUCGCGAAUCGGAUACUGGCAGUGCCCCUGCCAGCCCUACACUUACAAUGCCAAUGUCGUUCCUCAACCACAGAUCGUCAACUGAUCCUACUUUGAUCAACCGAGACGCAGACCUACCAGCCGGCUGGGGAGCGGCCUCAGUAUCUCCUGUGCAAAUGGGGUCGAACUUCUUCCAAGAGGGCAUUUCCCCGCUCAGCGAUCCUCAAUGCUCUCCUCCCUUUACAAUGCCCAGUGUACACCCUCAUGCGAUGAGCAAUAAUCAAGAAGCCUCAAGCCCAGAAAAAGGCCAUCGGCGACAGAAGGGUUCGACUGAUAGUGUAUCAUAUAUGAUGGAAGAAGAGAGUGGAGAGACGCGGUGGGUCAUGGAGCGCCGGCGAACGGGAGAGUUUGGACAGGUGGAGAUUUUGGAACGAGAAGUUGUCGAAGGAGGACGUAUAUAG